AUGGAGACUUUCUGUACUCUUGCUAGCAUCCUUGGUACUUCUUCUAGUGCAGUCCAGACCCAGAGAACUUCUCCUAGAACAGGGGCUAUUCCUAAGAACCCAAGGGGAACGAAAGAACAAAUGAAGCAUCAAGAUCAAGGAAAACCCUUAACUCAACAGUCGAGUGCCUCUACUGAGAAACAAGAUUGCUUAGUCCAGUCCCAGAGAACUUCUUCUAUAACAGGGGCCAUUCCUAAGAACACAAUGGGAAGGAAAGCACAAACGAAGCCUAAAUCUCAAACACAAGCAAAAACUCAACUUGGUGCCUCUGUCCAUUUGUCGGAGGAACCUAAACCUCAUCAUAGUGCCUCGGUCCAUUUGCCAGAGGAACCUAAACCUCAUCAGAGUUCCUUGGUCCAUUUACCUGAGGAACCUAAACCUCAUCAGAGUGCCUCGGUCCAUUUACCUGAGGAACCUAAACCUCAUCAGAGUGCCUCGGUCCAUUUGUCGGAGGAACCUAAUUCUCAUCAGAGUGCCUCGGACCAUUUGCCAGAGGAACCUAAACCUCAUCAGAGUGCCCCGGUCCAUUUGCCGGAGGAACCUAAUUCUCAUCAGAGUGCCUCGGACCAUUUGCCAGAGGAACCUAAACCUCAUCAGAGUGCCUCGGACCAUUUGCCAGAGGAACCUAAACCUCAUCAGAGUGCCUCGGACCAUUUACCUGAGGAACCUAAUUCUCAUCAGAGUGCCUCGGUCCAAUUGCCAGAGGAACCUAAACCUCAUCAGAGUGCCUCGGACCAAUUGCCAGAGGAACCCUAA